UCUCUGUGUUGAGUGCUUCCUAUGAAUUCUAUGGUAUGAGUAGAACAGCAUAAUAAUUCAUUAGUGCUUUAAAUAAGAAAAGGAAACAUGUCAAAAAUUCAAAAGCUCACGUUUAAGUGUGUGAGUAUCUCGCAUGUGUAAAUUUAAGAAUUUCGAGUAAAAUUAAGAAAAAAAUCCAAAUAGUUUAAUUAAAGCAACGAAUGCCGCUUGCAAUUGGAACAUUUUUAAGCUAGACAAAAUGUGCAAUUGCCACGGCGAAUCUCCACGAGUUCAGCACCAAAGUGCCGAGCGGCCUUUUGCAUCCAGCGAAGCGUGUUGCUGUCGGUCGCGCAGCUGCGCUCGUGAAUAACGUACGGCGGGAUCCCUCGCUCACACACAAUCACUACACCGCCACAAAUACAACAAAAACAACAACAGAGAACAAGAAAUGUGCUCUUUGCUCUCAGGAAGUAAGUGAGUUGCAAACCUUUAAAAACGGAUGAGGAAGUGAGAGGUGCUUGUCGGCGGAGCAACAGUUAAACCACAACACAACGCGCCUAAAAGCCGGCAACACUACAAAGUUUAUUGGCACGAAAAAUCAAAACGGCAGAAAAACCACAAACACCGUUAGGCGAGGUAAAUGCCAAGGAAAAGUGAGCUUAAGUGUGCGGAACCAAAGUGGUGAGCAGUCAAAACACUAGAAAAAGUAACAAAAAGACAGAAGGAGAGUACGAAGAACCACAUGCGAAAGGUGAGCAUUGAGGAAAAACAGACGAAAACACUCGAACCGGCGUUUAAGUGCAAUAACGAUAGAAAGAGCAACAACAAACAAAUGCACGGCAACAAAACUGCAACAGAGCAAUAGCAACAUCAAUAACACAAUCAACAACAGCAACAACGUAGCGUCGAAACUCUAACUUACAGACAUUCUUCUGCUUCUACCCACACUUUCAAACGCCAAUGAACGGAGCCACAACAAAAAGAACAAGAAGAGUGUUGAAAAAAUAUAUGUUGUUGUCUGAGGACUUCAAGAUUACUCAAAAGUGGCAAUUAAACAAUCUAACAAUUUAACAAACACUACCCUAUAAAUAACUGUACAUACAGUCAACACAAGAAACAAUUCAAAAUUCAGUUAAACUGUACAAAUGAAUUUGAUUGUGGCCACAAUGUAUUUCCUGAAAGCAAGCAGUCAUCAAACGGCGACCAUCACUCACACCUCUCUCAGCUGGUUGCUGCUGGGUCUUGGAUUGAUCAUUUCAUUGCCUGUUUGCACAGCUGGCCCGCAUGAGAAACGCCUUCUACACGCCCUGCUCGACAACUACAACAGUCUGGAGCGACCCGUCGUAAACGAAUCCGAUCCACUGCAGCUGAGCUUCGGGCUGACGCUAAUGCAAAUCAUCGAUGUGGACGAGAAGAAUCAAUUGCUAAUAACAAAUAUUUGGCACAAAUUGGCACGAUGAGGGUUUCGACGGCACCUGCGCCACCAAUAUUGUGGUUUGGAAUAACGGCUCGUGUCUGUUGUGCCGCCUGGAAUAUUUAAGUCCACCUGCAAAAUCGACAUCACGUGGUUUCCAUUCGACGAUCAGCGUUGUGAAAUGAAAUUCGGCUCAUGGACAUAUGAUGGCUUUCAGCCAGACAACCGAGCUGAACAACCUCUAUUGGAGGCCAACUACUUCUCUGAUCAGCUAUUAUUCACCUAAUAAGCAAUAUAGAGGCUCUGGACAAAUUGCAGAAAACAGUUUGAAUUCACAUCUGUUUGGAUCAGAACACCGCUGAGAUAAAGUGACCAAGCACUAAGGCAGAGAUUCACACAACGAGGUGUGCCCCAUGGGAAGACAAAAUUCAGGAAUUUGCAGUUACCGACAGGUCUUUAAUAAAGGAUUAGGUCGCACUGGUAAUUGGGUGUUUGCGGAUAAGAUUUAGCAUUUUGCUCUGAGAAUCUUAAUACCUCCCGAAGAGGAAAAGCAGACAUCAAUGAAAAUUUAAUUGAAAAUGUUAUUUAUUGUAUUAAUUAUAUAUCAAGCAUAUAUAUGUGUUAAUUCAAGUGAAAUACAAUAAUA